UUAUUUGCAGCUUUGGCAAUAUUGUUAUUUUACAUUCAAGCCAAUAAAGCCAGAUUGAACUGAAUUGUGACAAGACUAUUAUACUGUGAAUGUUGUUUUGUGACCAGUGUUCCUGAUCAGGGUUCCUACAAAAAGGGCUAACAGGCUCAAACCUAAGAUUUGGAAUUAUUUAUGACCAUUUCUGUCUGAACUCACCCUUUGGUUCCUCUUGAUAUUGAUGACUUCUUUGGAGUGACUGUGAUAAAGACUUUAAAGUAGUGGCUAUCUUAGCCCCACAACAGUUUGUGCUGUGUUCAGAAGUAUUCACUGACUGAGUGGCAUGAUGACUGCCAUGCUGUAAAAAUGCAGUCAAUCUAUGAGGCUUCUGCUAAACCAGCUAACGAGCCGCAACUCAUCAAACGCUACGCAUUUAAUUUCUAAAAGCAAAGAUGUUGUCUUAUAGACUUUCACUUUUACAGCACAAAAAGUCCAAACAACUGACAGAACCUGAAGGCAAUGCAGGUUCCAGCUGUCAUUCCGUAACUGUGGAAGAUAAACAGUAACCAUGCAGAUGAACAAUUAACUAUAAACAGGAGUUGCAAUUAAACUAUACAACAGGAAGCCUAAGUAAAACAACAGAAAAUAGUCAAGCUGGCAUAUAUAAGCUCAGAUGAGUGUGAGGCCCAGGAGGUCAGGACUCAGAUGGACUCCCUCCCAGACCUCCGCAACCAGAUCCUACAGCUACUUGUCACCAGACUUAAUGACAACUCCAUAAUGGUGCUGCAGGAAAAGCUGCAGCUCAUGCAGAGGAGCUCGUACUACUUGGAAAUCAAGCGUGAUGAUUUGCUACCAACUGCAGACCAGCAGCAGCACACUUUACAUUUGUCUGACAGCACGGUGUGGUCCCUCAUUGACCAGCGAAGGCUGCGGUGUGCCAUGACCCUGGCUAACACCCAGGUGAAGCUCCUCCUUGCUCUUCUGGGAAUGCUCUACCAAGGGAUCAUCACAGGCUGUCAGGAGCUAGAGGCCCUCAUGAAUAAGUACGACCAGGGUCUGGUGGACAGUGACAUGGCAGCUUCCGCGCAGCAGAAGCUCAAGCAAAUCCAUCAGUAUGUGAACGACUUUGAAAGCAGAAUGAGUCAGAAUCUUGGCCGGCUGGACCUGCAGAACCAGCUCAUCCUCAACACAGGCACCUUACCCGUACCACAGCUUAGUGCAUUGCUGGCCAUCAAGAUGCCUGUUAUAUUUAACAGGUUCAAGUCGUGCGCAACAUCCCACACAGUGCAUCUUUUUUGGGAAGUUGCAGGACUGCAGUCGAAGGGGCCAAAUCAACAGUUUGUGAUCCAGGUAAAGAGCCUUCACCCAACCAUUGGUGAACAUGGCCAGUUUACUAAAUCUACAUCUCAGUCGUUCAACAUAGAGGUCAACGACCUAACGCCCGACAGGUACUAUCAGUUCUCCGUCAAGAGAGUAGAGGCUGUAAACUUGGUCUAUGGACUGUGGAUUGACACCAUCAUCCUGAAGACCUUAGCCAUUUCACAGUAAGAAAUGAACAUGAAGUUAAUGAAGAGAAUUUACAGUUUGUGUAUAGUUAUAAAGAUAAAUAUAUUUGACCUGCUUUUUUUUGCAAAUAAAAUAACUUGAAUUGAAAA